CUUGGCAAAGAAGAAAACAAGAGAAAAGACUGCAAGACCAAGUGGGUAGAUGGGAAUUGUGAAUGGGAAGAAGAAAACAAGUCAUAACUCAUCUCUUCUCUUUAUUAUAUACAAGUAUAAACCUUAUUACUUUACUCCAUUAAACUCCUCAUUUUUCAAAUCUCAAAAUCUCCAAAUCUGAGAAUCACAAAGUCGGAACUAAGAAAUGCAUCUCUACAAUUCAUGGCUUCCACCUCCAAUCGUCCAAGAAACCAUACGAGAGAAGGAAGCCUUUUCAAGAGUCGUCCUUUCUCUUAACAAUUCAUAUCAUCCUGGAGAUCCUGAUUCCGUCUAUGCUACUCUCAAAUGGAUUUCUGUAAUUCACCUUUUCCUAAAGGCCAAAAGUGAGUUGUCCCUUGAGGAUGUAGAGCUUCUUGUUAAACUAGGACUGGACAUUUUUCAUGCAUCUUGUCACAAACUCUACGCCCAGGGUAGAUGGGGAAAUUUACUUCUAAAAUUUAUAAACAAGUACAGAAAGAAGUUAUCUCUCACCAUUCAGUGGCGCCCUCUGUAUGAUACCUUGGUCCGCACACAUUUCAAUAGAAAAGGCGACAUGAGUCGGCUUGAUUAUGAAUUGGCUCCAACGGACAAGCUUCUUUUAGCGAUUUGGAACUAUCUUGAGAAAUGUCUAUUCUAUAGAAGUAUUGGCCCAGAAGGGUGGAGAGUUAAACAGAGACAUUUUGAGACCAUCACUGCUCUUGUUCGAGCUUGUAGGAGAUUCUUUCCAAAGAAUUCUGCUUUGGAGAUAUGGUCUGAGUUCAGCCCCCUUUUAGAAAACCCAUGGCAUAAUUCGUCCUUCGAAGGUUCUGGAUUUAUCAAACUUUUUCUUCCUACUAAUUUGGACAACCAGGGUUUUUUCUCUCAGGCUUGGAUCGAGAAAUGCUUAGAAGUAUGGAGUUCUAUUCCAAAUUGCCAUUUUUGGAAUAGUCAGUGGGCUGCUAUUCUUGCUCGUGUUACAAAGAACUAUGACACUAUCACCUGGGAGCCUUUGUUGCCUAUCCUUUUUGCUAAGUAUUUGAAUAUGUUUGAGGUUCCUGUGGCAAAUGGGGCUAGUUCGUACCCAUACUCUGUUAGUGUUCCAAGAAAUACUAGGUUCUUGUUUUCUAACAAGACGUCCACUCCAUCAAAGGCCAUUGCAAAAUCUAUUGUGUAUCUACUCAGACCUGGGAGUUCAGCUCAAGAGCAUUUUGACAAAUUGAUCAAUCUUUUGGAACAAUAUUAUCAUCCCUCUAAUGGUGGUCGCUGGACCUACUCUAUGGAGCGUUUUUUGUUGUAUCUGGUUAUUAUGUUUCAGAAGCGCUUACAGUAUGAGCAGAAGAUUCUUAAUGAUUCCAGAAGGCCAGAGCUAUAUUUGGGAAAAUUGGAGAGGGUUUCUUUUGUUAGUACUGUGUUAAAGCUGAUUGAUCGUGGCCAAUACAGCAAAAAUGAUCAUUUAUCUGAAACGGUUGCUACAGCAACUUCAAUUUUGUCUUUUGUAGAGCCCUCUAUUGUCCUUCCCUUCGUAGCUUCUCGAUUUCAUAUGGCUUUGGAGACGAUGACAGCCACCCACCAGUUGAAGACAGCGGUUACAUCUGUAGCUUAUACAGGCCGGUCUUUGUUCUUCACAUCUCUUUCAUCUACAGCAGAAAGACCUGAUGAUUCUGAUUAUCCAAACUCAAUAAUUGAUCUAUUAGUCAUCUCAUUAUCAAAUGCAUUGCUGGGAAUGGAUGCCAAUGAUCCUCCAAAGACUUUAGCAACCAUGCAAUUGAUUGGUUCCAUCUUUUCCAAUAUGGCUGUCAUCGAAGAUAGUAUUGAUAAUAGGACGCCGAUCUCAGCUAUCCGCUUCUCGGAGUGGCUUGAUGAAUUUCUCUGUCGCCUGUUCUCAUUACUCUUACACUUGGAACCAAAUUCUGUCACGAAUGAAGGACUUAAUUCUGUCGCUACCUCCGGUACUUUUCUUGUUGAAGAUGGUCCAUAUUACUUCUGCAUGUUGGAAAUCUUGUUCGGAAAACUGUCAGAAUCACUUUUUACUCAGGCGUUGAAGAAAAUUUCCAAGUUUGUGCAAACGAAUAUACUUCCUGGGGCUGUUGCAGAGGUUGGUCUUCUUUGCUGUGCAUGUGUGCACUCAAAUCGAGAAGAGGCUGUUGUCCAUCUUGUUGAACCAAUGCUCUCAUCAGUUAUAUCAUCUAUGAACGGGAUGCCUCGAACAGGCUUUGUCAGUGGGACUUUUGCUUCCUCUUUUGAAAUACCUUCAAUUUCUCCAGCUCUUGAAGUUGCGAUUGAUUAUCAGUUGAAAGUACUGUCAGUUUGCAUCAGUUAUGGGGGUCCUCAUCUGUUGCGAUGCAAGGAUCAGUUCAAAGAAGCUAUCAACCUAGCAUUCGAAUCACCAUCUUGGAAGAUUAAUGGAGCUGGUGACCAUUUACUCCGUUCUCUCCUUGGUAGUUUGGUGCUUUAUUAUCCUAUCGACCAGUACAGGUGUGCUUUGCAACAUCCCGAUGUCCCUCUCAUGGAGAAAUGGAUGAGCACAAAAGAUUUUUCAAGUGACAAACCACUAAUCGGCCCAAAAUGGCAUGUCCCAGUGUUGGAGGAAAUUUCAUAUGCAAACGAGCUUCUAUCCCUCCAUUUUCAAUCUGCGCUUGAUGCACUAGAUUCACUAGUGAGAAUAUGCCCAGAUAAAAUUCAUAUUAGUGCAGGAAAUGAAAAAGACUACCUCAAGGUGACUCUUUUGCGGAUUGAUUCCUCAUUGCAAGGUGUAUUGUCUUGCUUGCCGGAUUUCAAUCCCUCUCUUGUUACCGAUAAUGUUGAAGACACAGUGCAAGAUCUAUUCUUGCUCGCAGGCGCUGCUGGAGCUAGAGUUGGCAGCACGGAGAUGCGAGUGAGGGCAGCACAAGUUAUACAUGCAACCUGCCGAUACUUGUUGGAGAAAAAACCGGAUGAUAGCAUAUUACUAAUUCUCAUUAUCCGUGUUAUGGAUGCUCUAAUCAAUUAUGGAAGUCUUGAAUUUGAUGAAUGGUCAAAUCAUAGACAAGCAUGGAAAUUGGAAUCUGCUGCCAUUGUAGAACCUUCUGUUAAUUUUGUGACAUCCUCUCAUUCAAAUGGGAAAAGAAGGCCACUCUGGGCACUUGCUGACAAGGCAUAUAUGCACAACACAUGGAGAGCUUCACAGUCCUCUUUUCAUUUGUAUCGUACCAGUGGAAACGUCUCUCCAUCAAGUCAUGCAAUACUUCUGAUGGAUGAUCUUCUAGACCUUGCUUUAUAUAGAUAUGAAACUGUUCGCUCGCUUGCUGCAAGGAGCCUCCUGAAGAUGUUAAAGAGAUGGCCGUCUAUGGUCUCAAAGUGCAUGGUUGUCCUGACCGAGAAAUUAACAAACCCUAGCUCACCUGAAUAUGCUGUUCUUGGAUCUUGCACCAUUCUUUCCGAUCGAACGCUUCUUAAGCAUUUGACCAUGGAUUCAAAGGCUUUCACUUCCUUCACCAUUGGUAUUCUGAAAAGUGCACAUCACGAAUCCUUGAAAGCUCAAAAAGCAAUCACCGAGCUCUUUGUGAAAUUCAACAUUCUUUUUUCUGGAGUACCCAAAAACCUCUUCAAGGCAUCAAAUAGCCAGUCAGAUGGGCAACUUUUUGUUGAUUUGAUUUCUCAGAUAGGGUCCAUGAGUUUCGAUACAAAUAGCUUGCAUUGGAGGUACAAUCUAAUGGCCAAUAGAGUCUUCUUGUUAGUGGUGAUGGCGUCUAGGAAUAAUCCACGCUUCUCUACACAAAUUUUAAGCGAAACUGUUGGACAUUUCUUAAAGAACUUAAGAAGUCAACUUCCUCAAACGAGAUUUCUUGCAAUUUCAGCUCUCAAUACAUUAUUAAAAGAAUCGUCUCAUAAAAUGUUAGCUGAGUCAUCCCCAGAAAAUGUUGAAGGUGUCAUUCAAUCUUCCAUUGAAGGAGCUUUAGUUGAAAUUUUUCAAGAAGAGGGAUUCUUUAAUGAGACCUUUAAUAGCCUUUCCCAUGUUCACACAAUUAGUGAUGGUGAUACUACAUCUUCUAGGGGGAAUUAUGGAAAUGCUUCCUUUCAGAGCGUAGCAGACAAAUCAAUUACCUUUUUUUACUUUGACUUCACAGCUUCUUGGCCACGAACUCCUAGUUGGAUUUCUUUGUUUGGAAGUGGUACUUUCUAUUCAGACUUUGCUCGAUUUUUCAAGCGAUUGAUUCAAGAGUGUGGAAUUUCUGUUUUACAAGCUCUAAAGAGCCCUCUGGAUCAUUUUGCAAGUUCUCAGGAUAGAUCAAAGCAAUGUGUCGCUGCAGAAGCAUUUUCUGGUAUUUUGCAUUCUGAUGUGAAUGGUCUUCUUGAGGAAUGGGAUGAUUGGGUAAUGUCUAAACUGCAGGAUAUUAUCAUGGCACCAUCAGUGGAAUCUAUACCUGAGUGGGUAUCUUGCAUACGAUAUGCUGUGACCGGUAAAGGAAAGCAUGGAACACGAGUUCCACUACUACGACAGAAAAUAAUGGAUUGUCUGCUUAAACCUUUGCCUCAGACUGCAAAUACUACUGUUAUUGCCAAACGUUAUGCUUUUUUGGCAGCUGUAUUUAUAGAAGUGUCGCCUCCUAAUAUGCCAGAAGCUGAACUACUGCAGCACCAGAGACUACUAAAUGAGUUGUUGCUUAAUAUGAGUCAUUCAUCUGCACAAGUAAGGGAAGCUGUGGGUGUUAUCCUUUGUGUAUUAUGCUCAAAUGUUCAGCUCCAUAGAUUAUAUGCCCGUUCUUAUCCUGACCUAAGUGGAAGCCGUAGUGUGGGUGAAGAGAUAGCUGAGGGUAGUUGGAGUCAGCUUCUGUUGGAUCAAGCUACUGAAUGUGCCAUUAGAAUUCAGAAAACAACUCACUCCGACCAUAUUGAUGCAGAUGCAGAUGUAUUCCAGGAAAAUAGGAUCCCAAAUGAUUCUGUAGAAGAUGUAAAGAGGAUGGAAACGUUGUUCCAUUUUGUCAUUGCGUUGCUGAAGUCAGGCAGAGCCUUGUUUUUGAUGGAGACAAUUGUCGGCAUUCUUUACCCUGUGAUUUCUUUGCAGGAUAUAUCAAAUAAAGAUUUAUCAACAUUGGCAAAAGCUGCUUUUGAAUUGUUAAAAUGGACUAUCUUUGAAGAACCACAUCGUAAAAAUGCUGUUGCUGUUAUCCAUAAGUCAGCUAAUGAUUCUAAUUGGCGGACCAGAUCUGCUACAUUGACAUAUCUCCGUUCAUUUAUGUUUAGGCACAAUUUUGUCCUUCCACAUGCUGAAAAACUACAAAUUUGGACUAUUGUUGAAAAGUUACUCAUAGAUGGCCAAGUAGAGGUACGAGAACAUGCAGCAGCUGUUUUAGCUGGCUUGAUGAAAGGUGGGGAUGAAAUUCUUGCUGAAGACUUCCGUGGAAGGGCAUUUAGGGAGGCAACUCUUAUUCUUAAGAAAAAACAAAGAAAAACAGCAUAUUCUGUUGCUUUUGUUCAUGGUGCUGUGCUUGCGCUGACAGCUUGCGUCCUGUCUGUUCCAUAUGAUAUGCCAAGUUGGCUGCCAGAGCAUGUUACCUUAUUGGCUCGCUUUGUUGGUGAGCCGUCACCUGUGAGAUCAACUGUUACUAAAGCUGUUGCGGAGUUUCGACGAACUCAUGCAGACACUUGGAAUUUCCAGAGAGAACAAUUUACUGAAGAGCAGUUGGAGGUUCUUGCUGAUACUUCAUCUUCAUCCUCGUAUUUCGCUUGAAAUUUCACAGUUAGGAAGAGGCUAUAGAUGGUAAUUACUACUUGUGUUAGGAGAAAGAUGACAAUUUAAAUGAAGCUUAAGAAGUUUUGUGUUAAUGUUUUUAUUGAGGAUAAAAGUUGUGUA